AUGAAAUUGAUUUUCGCCGCUAUUUUCGCUUUCGGUCUCAUUGGUACCACCAUGGCCGAUAACUUCGCCAACUUCUUCAGUGACGAAAAUUGCAACGAAGACGGAUCCAUCGGCUUCGACAUCAACAAUCCUGGAUGCUUUGCUCAAUCAGGUAGACACUCUGUCUACAUCCCCAACAAUGGGAACCCAUUCAGUUACCACCAUUGUCUUGUUCAGACCUAUCACAGUGGGGAAUGCAAUUGUCAAAACGCUGGAUAUGACUUCGGCGCUUCGGGAUAUUGUCAUAAAUUAGAUGGUAAAGCGAAAUCUUAUCGAUUUAUCAGUGGAUUUUGCGAUGAGAAUAACUGUUAG